AUGGCAGAAUAAGGUAGAUAUAGCAAAUUAAGUGAAGAAGAAGCUGCAGCUCAAUUUGAAUUAAGGUACACAUCCAAAUUUACUUAAGAAAAUAAUAAUUAUUAGGCAAUUUGUAAGAACAAUACCAAAAUGCAAAUAGUUAAAAGAAUAAAAAAUAAUCCAAAUCAUAAUAACAAUAAUCAAACAAAUAAGAAUUUAUUGUUUUCAAUCCUACUAAAAAAUAAUCAUCUUAAUCAUCUAAAAAUCCCAUUAAAAAACUAUAAUUUCUAAAGGAAGAAUCUCAUUUGCAAACUCCUCCUCCAGAAUAACCAGAAUAAGAAAUCGAGUACUAAGUUUAAUAACCUGUGGAUCCAAUACCCCCUGAACAAUCUCCUUUAAUUGAAAAACCACAAAAACCUAGUAUCAAAAAGAUGUUGCUUAGAGAUAUAGGUAAUCUAGAUCUAGAAAUCUAAAGAUUAACUAGAGAAACCAAAGACUUUUAAAAUGAAAAAUAGUUGAAUAAAUCUCAAUUAUCCUAACAACCAAAAAAUCUCAAGGAAUCUCUUACUAAACAAUUACCUAGACCUAGUUCAUCAUAGCAAUAAUAAUAAUCAAAAGCUUAUUAUGAAUUAAGACAAAGACCCUCAAGUAAAGAAUCAAGAAUUUCUGAUGCUUCAUAUACUAAAAAAGCUGAAUGUUUCAAAGGAGUCAUAAGAAGUUCAAGUUUAAAAAAAUUACCUCAACCUUCAAAAACCAAUUAUAAUUUUUUAUAAUUAAGAAGUGCAUCUGAAAAGAGAAUUAAUUAAUCAAUCAAUAAAACAAACACAGUAGAAUCUGAAAAUAAAGAUAUAACAUAAAAAAUUGCACAAAGUGAAAGAAAAAUACCAAAACCAAUGAUCUAAAUGAAUAGAAGUCAAUCUAAAUAAGAUACUCCAACAUAUGAAAAAAAAUCGAGUACUCCUGUUAAAUCAAUUUUAAAGGUCUAAUUUAAUUCUAUUCCUGUCGAGUGUAGUUCUACUAAAAAUAAUAGUAGUUCCUAUGUAAACUCUUUCUUUAAAUUAGUUUCAUUAGCAUAAAGAAUCAUACAAUAGUUAGAUAAGUUUUUCUAAAAAUAAAUGUGUUGAAGCACAAAUUGAAGAAGCUGUAUAAUUAUAUAACAACCUUAAAUCUUUAAUGCAAAAUAAAACAAGUGUUUUAUAAGCUAGAAAAGAUGGAAAUCUUAUUCCAAGAAAAACUGCUGAUUUUUUUGUAUUCAUUAUUAUCUAUUUAGUACCAUAAAGAAAUUUAGAAACCCACUUUAUACUGAAACUUCAAAUUUUGAUAAUGUUAAUUAUAUAUUCAUUAUUUCUAUC